AUGGAUUUGUUACCAGCUUCUAUAUUGCUUCAGUUGGAUUAUGUAAAAGACGUAUGUAUUGAGUUUUUAAAAAGACAACUGAAUCUUUCAAAUUGUCUUGGUAUCAAAGAAUUUUCUGACUUUUAUAACUGUACGGAGUUGUUUUCGAGUGCUGAAGAAUACAUAAAAACACAUUUUUUAAAAUUUAUGGAAACAGAUGAGUUUCUAUCUUUGUCUUCUGAAGAAGUGAUUAAUCUAAUCUCUUGUAAUGACAUUAAUGUUCCAUUUGAAGAAAAAAUAUUUGAAUGUGUUAUAACCUGGGUAAAACAUGAAUUAGAUUGUAGGUAUGACAAUUUGCCUAAAUUAAUGGAACAUGUUCGUUUGUCGUUAGCACCCCAAGAGUAUAUAUCACUAAAAGUUGACGAGGAACCUCUAAUCAAAAAUAAUCCUAAAUGUAAAGAUUUUGUCAAUGAAGCUUUAAAUUUCCAUAUCGUAAAGAAACAUCGGCACAUUCCUAUGCCACAAACAAUUCGUAAUUCACCUAGACAGACUGGACUUAAAUUUCUUCUUGCCAUGUGUGAUUCAUCAGGAAUGGGAAAUUGUUACACUAGCUGUUUUUACGGAGUUGGCGUAAUAAAUGAUCGUAUUUAUGCUGUUGGUGGAGACAUUAUUGGUGAUUCUCAGUUAACUAGUGCAGAGGUUUUUGACGUGAGUGUUCAAGAAUGGAGAAUGUUACCAAAUAUGUCUACUGGAAGAAUGAACCUGGGCGUUGGAGUACUCAAUAAUCUUUUAUAUGUGGUAGGUGGUUAUAAAUACCCAUUCGCUUUGAAAUCUGUUGAAUGUUAUGAUCCCAUCCUUAACAUAUGGAUACCAGUCACACAAAUGUCUACAAAUCGCCGAGGCCCUGGUAUAGGAGUCUUAGACGGUGUAAUAUAUGCUAUUGGUGGUGAUUGUCAGGAAUAUGAUAAUUCAUUGUAUCUUAAAAGUGUUGAAGCCUAUUCACCAAUUACUAAAGUAUGGACUUCAAUUGCCAAUAUGCACCUGUGCCGUUCCGAUCCAAGAGUUGUCACAUUUAAUGAAAAUAAUCUGAGGUACGAUUUUACUCUCUUUAGCACUGAGAAUGAUCUUUCUGUUGGUCAGUUGCUAAUUUGUGUACACAGCAAUCUCAAAGAAAUAUCAAUGUAA